CACACACUGCUAGUUUCACCCUUUAUUGCUAUGCUUGAUCAAAAACUUGCAUAUAUGUGUGGAACUGAAAUGAAGCUCUGGGCUUCUGAAAUGCUUUAAUGAAUCCAAGCCUCUCUUUCUCAUUCCAAAGAGAGUCGAUUCCAGAUGAAUCUGUCGACGAUGCUCGGACGAUCCCUAGCCUCCCCAUUGCUAGCCAAUGAUUCUGCACUACGCUUUUGCUAUACCACUACUGAGAUUUUAACUGCUGCACCAAAUAUAGGAUCUCUACAUGUGAAUUGUUUUUCACAAAGCCUGAAUAGAGCAGCUUGUGCACCGAGUAUUUCUAAGAAGAAAUGGGUAUUGCAUUCAACUGCAGAAAAUAGAAACGUGACUUUGACUGAUGAUGACCGGAAGACAUUAGAAGCAUGUCUAGAUGCUCUGUCUGCAUUGAGUAUCAGUACUGAAGAGGGAGACAAGAUACUUGGGAAAGCUUUUGGUCUGAUUCAUUCACCCUACUGGGGUGAAGAAAGAAAAAACAAAGUUCCAAAAUUUGAGAUUGUAUGCGAAAAGAUGGACUACCUUAGGAGUUUAAACCUGUCUGACGAUGAUUUGAGUAAGUUGCUUAAAAAAUUCCCAGAAGUUCUUGGAUGUAAUCUUGAACAUGAGAUGAAAACCAAUGUUCAGCUUUUGGAAAAGCAAUGGGGAAUAAAAGGAAAAUCGCUUCGAAAUCUUCUCCUUAGAAAUCCAAGAGUGUUGGGUUACAAUGUUGAUUGCAAGGGAGAUUGUAUAGCACAAUGCACCCGUUGCUGGGUUCGAUUUUAGACUUUCUAGAAGAGCUUAAUUUUGUCUUUGUUCCAAAUUUAUUUCACAAUGAAUUGGAUUCAAUGUAAAGAUUCAUAUAAUCUGUAGGACUGUAAAAUCUAUAAAAGUGGAAUAUAUGAAAUUAAGAUGAA